AUGUCAGAGAAAAAGAUUUCCCGAUCUCAUCUUUAUAAUGACUCACAAUCAGAAUAUGAAUCCGACCUGGAAUCGAUAGGAUACGUUGCUCCCAAUAUCGAUUUUGAGUUUGUUGAAGUGGACGUAGAAACCCCAGAACCUAACGCAGAAGAAGAGAAGGAAAGCAUAGAAGAAGAAGAACACGAACAUAAAGAGGUAAAAGAAGAUAAGCAAGAAGAUGACGAGUUUGAAUUCCCUUUGUUCUUCAUGGGAGCAGUAGGAAAACCAACAGCAGGUGGAGAGACUGAAGAAGUUUCUAAAGCGGCAACUAUGAAGGUUUCUCUUAAAGAAGAAGAAGUAGAAGAAAUCAAGCAGGAAAGACCGGAGUCGUACUACUUUGCUAAUUAUACCGACGAACAACGUCAUCAAUUUGAAAUAUGUGCUAUAACGAGUGAUGAUAUCUACAAGCAACUUGAAGUGAAAACCAUCGACUCUCAACCUUGGAAAUGUAUUGAUUUAACGAAAUAUAACGCAAAGAUUGAAAGCCGAAUACAGCGAGAUAAAAUACGAAAGAAUAAGCUCAGACCAGGGAAGAAGAAGCGGACAUCGAAGAUUGAAUGCCGUGAACGUAGAAUUGAACGAAAGAAAUUAGAAAAGAAGCUUGAACAAGAGAAGAAGAAAUUGAUUAAGAAGAUGUUUCAUAAAAGAGGUGGAAAGAAGAAUAAGAAGAAACUCGCAGCUUCUUCUGCAAGCGCUCAAGCUGCUCCGUCUAAACCAAAGUACAGAACUGAAUAG